AUGCCGUACCCCAACCUCCUCUCCGAAGUCCGCCUGGGCCCGUACACGCUGGCCAACCGCGUCAUGCUCGCCCCGAUGACGCGCGGCCGCGCGGGCCCCACCUUCACGGCCAACCCGCUCAUGGCCGAGUACUACGCCCAGCGCGCCUCCGCCGGCAUCAUCAUCACCGAGGGCACCUUCACCUCGCCCGCCGCGCGCGGCUGGUACCAGGCCCCGUGCAUCUACACCCCGGCCCACGCCGACGCCUGGAAGCUCACCACCGAAGCCGUCCACGCCAAGGGCGGCCGCAUCUUCUGCCAGCUCUGGCACACCGGCCGCGCGGGCCACAGCAACUUCCGCGAAGGCAUGGACGGCGUCGACGACCCGCGCACCGUCGCUCCCAGCGCGAUCAAGCGCCCCAGCAAGUCCGCCGGCCAGCUCUACACCAUGAAGCCCGGCCCCGUCGAGGUCGAGACUCCGCGCGAGCUCGCCACGGAGGAGGUCGACGCGCUCGCCGACGAAUUCAAGAACGCCGCGCAGAUGGCCAUGGACGCCGGCUUCGACGGCGUCGAGAUCCACUGCGCAAACGGCUACCUGCUGGACACUUUCCUGCAGAGCUCCAGCAACACCCGCACUGACAAGUACGGCGGCAGCUUCGAGAACCGCUACCGCGUGCUGGACAACAUCCUCCGCGCCGUCACCACCGUGUACGAGCCGGACCAGGUCGGCGUCCGCAUCUCGCCGAACGGCGUCUUCAACGGUAUGGGCUCGGACGACUUCCGCGAGAGCUUCCUGUACUACGCGGAACAGCUGUCCAAGCUCGGCCUGGCCUACCUGCACGUCAUGAUCGGCCUCGGCUUCGGCUUCCACGAGAAGGGCGACCCGAUGACCAUGCAGGACUUCAGGAAGGUCUACUCGGGCACGCUGGUCGCCAACGUCGGGUACGAGCCCGAGCAGGCCGACAAGGAAAUUGAGGAUGGCAACGCCGACCUCGUCGCCAUCGGCAGGCCGUACCUGAGCAACCCCGACUACGUUGAGAGGAUCGCCAAGGACGCGCCGCUCGCAGAAGUUCCCCCCAUGUCCAUGUGGUAUACCAGCGCGGAUAACCAGCUCACCUCGGAGGGCUACACCGACUUCCCUCCCAUGGAGUAGAUCUCCGUGCGUUUUGUUUGCAUCGCGUGAUUUGACAUGGAGCAUCCGCUCAUACGCUCCACCCAUGGGCUCACGCUCUAACCGUUACAACACAUUGUAGUACACAGACACCCUAUCAGCCAAGGCUGCUCCCGUGGGAAAUGUAUAUGCGUUUCUGUCUUUCAUGUCUUCCGAGACGCUCUCGGUAGGACCCGUAGCCCGUCGCACGCGGAUUAGAAGAGGCGCACGGCAAAUCGCUUAGGGUUUUGCAGACUCUCGGGGUGGGGAUCGAUCAAGCCAUCCACUGUUAGCGAGCUCGACUAGCUCCGAUUUAACUCUUCCGGUUAGAAUAAGCGCCAUCGACUUCGUCUGCUCUUUAUCAGCAGAAGACACCGCCGACGUCUGACAGGUCCAUUCCCCCCGAUGUUCUGGAAUAUGUAGUCCGUAAAGAGAUUUGUAAAGUAGCCCCUACGUUGAAGUUUUCAUUUCUUGUCCUCUGUCACAACGUACAAACCAUGGUCGCAAAUGAGAAGAUGUUGGUUCUGUACUCAUGUCCGUCUUCUGAGAGAAAAAAAAGGACCACCAGGUUGCUCCACUCUUGUCCAUGAUCGCUAGAUCUUUUACGAGUCCCUUAACCAUUAUGCUUGCUCCUACGUGAAAGAUCCAUAUGUUCAUAUCCUGACCAAACUAAAUCUGUUGGUUCCGUUGUCA